AUGGCCCUUCUGAGCUUUCCUAGCCUCAUUCCCGACGACAGAUUCCCCCAGUUCUACGACUUGCUCCCUGUCCUGGGCUCUCAGGCUGACGACGGACCUCAUAACAAUGUGCAGUUGACCCUCACCGACGUGGUGUGUAUCCACAAGGGCAAGAAACUUUCAGCAGUUUAUCGCGCCACUCUCCGUGCUACGUCUGAUUCCCCUGAGGCCGCUGAGCAUCUUCCUCGCGAAGUUGUUUGCAAAGUCGUCUAUGGCAGGCCUGCCAGGGACAAGUUGCACUUCGAGUUCAGCAUGUACGACAAGCUACAGGACUUGCAAGGUCGUCUCAUUCCUCAGUGCUUUGGCCUCUACGAGGGUGAAAUGGAUGAUGGACGGGCUGCCUGCCUUUUGUUGGAGUACUGCGGUGAGGAACUCACUAGAAAAUUGCGAUACACCUCUUGGGACUUCAGACGACAGGUACUCGAUUCAUUGCUCGAGAUUCAUCGCCGGGGAGUCGUGCACAACGAUGUCCGCGAACGGAACAUUGUUAUCAAUAAGGAGGGGCGCCCCAUUAUUGUCGACUUUGACAUCUCCGAUUCCAAGAACCAUGACUGUCCGGUAAAGUUACCCAUCCAGUUCGACGUCCCCGAACCUGAUCGAUUCCACUUCGGGUGUGACGAGUUGCACUGGGCGGGGCAAUUGGCAGAUGUGUGGCUACCUACGACAUUCCUUUUUUUGGGAAGGAGAGUCCCGAUAAAAUACACCGACUCACCAGAGUUGCUUGCUAAGGUUGCACCUUCGGGGACCUCGCCGGAAGAGGCACUUGAACGCGCACACGUGUAUUAUCAGAUGUUCCGCACAGCUCUUGAGAAACGAAAGCGCUGUGAACCUUAUGAGUAUCUCGACAACAGUAUGGUGGAUGAAUGA